AUGGUCAUCAUGGUGUCCAGGACUAGGCCUCUGAUCCUGGCCUUCGGCAUCAACAGCAUCCUGUACCAGAGGGGCAUCUACCCCCCGGAGAGCUUCACACGGGUCACCCAGUACGACAUGAGCCUGCAGCUCACCACCGACGGCAAGCUCAAGGACUACCUCACCAAGGUCGUGGCUCAACUCAAAGAGUGGCUGUUUGACUGCACGGUGCAGAAGCUGGUGCUCGUCAUCACGUGCCUAGAGACCAACGAGGUGCUGGAGAGGUGGCAGUUCGACAUCGAGUGCGACAAGUCGGCCAAGGAGAUCAGCGCUCCCAGGGAGAAGUCCAUCAAGACCAUCCAAGAUGAGAUCCGCUCCGUGAUCCGCCAGAUAACCGCCACCGUCACCUUCCUGCCCCUGCUGGAGACCGCCUGUGCUUUUGACCUGUUGGUCUACACGGACAAAGACCUGAUGGUGCCCGAGAAGUGGGAGGAGUCAGGGCCCCAGAUCAUUGACCAAUCAGAGGAGGUUCGCCUUCGCUCCUUCACUACGUCCAUCCAUAAGGUCAACAGCAUGGUAGCCUACAAGAGGACGGACUCUGCCUAACCAAACCCUCCCCCCUGUUGCUUUCCCUCCCCCUGCUCUUUUCUCACACGUUCCCCCCUCUUUAUAAGCUGUUAUAUACUCGCUAGUCAUCUACCUUUUGGAGGAUGACCUCCUCGAGAUACUUUUACACUGCCUUUAUGUAUGUCCUAUCUUCAUUGUCUGGGGUCUGCCCAUAUAUUUGAAUGUUGUCCUGCUACUGUCAUUAUUGUCUUUAAAAAAUCGUAGCUUUGUCUUAUUUUUGGUUUUGUGUCCCAAGAUGUUCUUCUUUGAGAUGUAGUGGCUGAACCAGUGCCUCAAAGUUGAUGUAAAUAUUAUAGCAAUAUUAUAUAGUCGAUAAACCUGUGUUGGACUUACUUUUUUUCCUCACAAGCUUAUGUUUUAGCAGGUGGCUUUUUGUGGUUUACUUUUUCUGUCUAAUAAAGGUAGUUUAUUCCUUCAGUCGCGAUUUAUUCUUCA